AAAAUUCCGUUCCGUUGCUUCCAGGAAUGAGAUAACUGCAACAAAUAUGAGACGUAAAUCUUCAUAUUAAUUGCAACCUGUAGGGAAAUAGAACUUCUUUGUGGUUUUUGUACGAAACAGCAGUAUAAAAAUCAAAGUGCUAUUUCUAGUUGUCUUCUCUUUGAAACUCUAGGUAGUUAUCCAUAUCCGGUAGAAUUCAGCCACAGGGGAAUAACAGAAAUUAGUACAUGGCGCGUUUAAGCCCAUUUGAAUUUUAAUUUGUGGGGUGGGAUAUUGUAACUGUAUUAGGAUCAUUUAUUUAGUAACUCGUUGUACGAACAAAACAAUAAAUGUUUCAUGCCAUCCAUAUUUCUGGUGGCGAGAAAGGGCCAGUCGUCAAUUGAUCCAUUCACUAACCUGCCAACAACGGUGCAAUUGAGUGUUAUUUCCAGAAAAUGGUUGGCCCUGCCCCAGAUAAAAAAAUUUGUACCUCAAACUUCUUCUCUGUUUAUGAUGAGCUCUGUAGAAAGAGAAAGAUGAUGCCACUUCGUAAUGUUAAGGAACAUGCAUGGAGAAAGAGCAUCGAUUUUUAUACUGAUCGAAUAAAGUGUGAUGAAUGGAUUCCUAUUAUAGAGGCAAUUUCCACUGACCGGUCAUUGCAUUUUGUUGCUAUAAGAAGUCGUUAUGAGAAAAAGGGAGAUAUAGAAGAGUUUGAUACACGAGAGAGAGCCAGUAAAGCAACUGGGAGGCCAGCUAUACAAACAAAGUUUGUGAUGGAUCUUCUUCUCAGAGCUCUCCACAACUGUAUUUCCAGAUCUACACAUCUAACAUGUCUAGUACUCGAAGGUCUUGCUCUGACAGAAGAAUAUUUAUCUUUGUUGUGUGCUGGCAUUUCGAAGUGCUGCUCCUUGCAAAACAUUUCAUUUCAUCGAUGUUGCUUAGGUGAUGCUGGCUGUGAAAUGAUAUGCAACACUAUUAAGAACUCACCUAACAUACGGACAAUAGGAAUGUCUGGAUGCAAUAUAAGUGAAAAAGGAGCAUAUCACCUCUACCUCUUACUAAAGCAUCAGCAGAUGGAAAGGUAUAAUGAAUCUUGGGUACAGUCCCUACGCUAUCGAGCAAUUGAUGGUGCCAUGCUGGGAGGUGUGAGGCGCAUAACAUUGAAUGACAACAAAGAAUUGGGAGAUGCAGGAAUUGCUCAUUUUAUUGAGAUCCUGAAGGAUGAUUUUUGGCUGAAAGCCAUAGAUCUUCAGAAUUGUGGAAUAACUGACCACGGUGCAUUUAGCAUACUUCAGAUGUUGGAAAUCAAUGAUGUAUUACUUGUGGUGGACAUAAGAAACAAUCGUUACAUCAGCAGUUACAUUGAAAAUGAGAUAAUGAAAACACUGGCUAGAAACAACAUGCAGAAUUUAGAUGAAUCAAAGGAGUAUUGUUGGAUAUCACUUGCAAAGUCUAUUGAGAAUUCUGCAUCUUCCCAGAGACUAAAAUCUAGUCCUUCAGGGUCUUCUAUAGGAUCAAAGAGCUCGAAAAAAAAUGAAAUUUCAUCCCAAAGAGGUGCAGUAAAAUGCUCUGUUCCAGCAAUAAAAAGGAGUUGUUCAGAUUAUAAUCGACAGAAGAUGGACAAAGAGCAAUAUGAAAUGAAGAGUCAUAAGUUAGGAUUAGUCUCUAAACAGCAACAAACUACUGAAGAUAUUCUGCAACAAAUUGCAGCUCUUGACAUUGCUCGUCGAGUGGGGAACCCACGCAAAGAUUUGCAUUCUCUAUUGAAGAGAUUUCAGAUGGAAAAGGACGCAUUCGCAGUAGAGCUACAGAAAAUGAAACCUCAUCCCAUUGGAGGAUACACAUAUGUCGAUGCCGGUACAACCCAUCCACUGGGAAAUUCUUACAAGGCGUCUCAUAGUGCCUUAAGGGUGGGUGAUGGAGUUCAUAAACAAGCAUGAAAAAGUUAAUCACUAAUUUAUGGCUCAUUAAAAGUUACAGUUUACUUAACCACAAUCUUCUAAAGUUCUGAUAUGGUUCUCAGUUUUGCUGACAUAUGCAUAAGUUAUACAUUGCCUUUAUGAUGUAAAAAAUGGUGUCAUGUAAACUUUUACUCAGUCAACUGUUGUGGUGUAGUUGUAUUCCAGUAAACAUAGAAGCAUAUCUCCACAAGAAAAAUUUAAUAAAAAUCAUUUGUAUAACAGUAUCAUGAUCUUUCCUUUCUGUUGUUUGUAGCUCAGUCAUUUAAUUACAUUUGUAUCUGUAUUGCUGUCGAAGGACAAAAUAUUUCACAUAAUAAAGGAUAUUCAUUCAAAGUAUAAAUGAAA